GAACAGCGUCCGGCUUCCUGCGAACGGCAAAAGCAAAGGUUUACGCUGAGUAGAUUUAACCAACUUCUUCUAACCUCCUCACCUGAUCUUCAAGGAUUAAGCAUACCCUGCCAUUAGAGCGAGACAGAGAAGAGAGAGUGCAUACCGGUAGGCCACCAUGAAAGUUCUUCUCAAUCCAGAACCUUCUCUCCCAAUCAUCUCUACCGUUCACAACAACAGACCUCGUGAUUCCACACAGUCGCAUAUCCGAACUUCUCUUCGAUUCUCCUCAAAAUAUCUCGGCCCUCGGAUUCCACGACAGCCCUCUUUGAUCGUUAAAUCCGUAUUGGACUCCGCCACCAUCGACCAAUUAGGGCUCACGGAGUCCGAUAUCCGGAACCCUGCUCUUUCGUCUUCCUACCGUCGCUCGCAGUUUCCGAAGCCGAAUCAGACGGUGCUUGAUGCCCAAGCUCGGGUUUGCACCGGGCCCACACAGACCAGGCCGCUCGGCGAGGACCAGGCUUUUAAGGUCUUGGACACCAUCUUAAAAUCAGCUAAGGGAGAUCUCAAAGAUGAGGAUGAAGUUUCCAAAUCACAGCUUGGGGCUUUUUUUGCGGCAAUGACGAUCCGCACAAAUGCCUUUCCAGAAGCAACCCAAUGGAGUGAAGAAAGGCGUGCUAUGGACACCUUCUGGCCGCUCCUGGUUCGAGUGCUUCCACAUGAUGUAAUCUUCAUUGCCGAUCCUGAGGGCUCUAUAAUGGGAGUAGGGAGUUCUAUUGGGCCACAAUAUCUCGGCAAUAGCUCUAGUGAAAUGAGAUUGGUUGGUGCCCUAAGGGAAGUUUUGGCAGGAGGCCAUCUUGGAUAUGAGGAGGUCCAAGGUGUUUUACAUGAUGUUCUUCCAUUGAACGUAGAAAAUGAGUCUUCAGGAGUAAGUGAGUCAUUGCUUUCAGCCUUUCUAAUCGGUCAACGUAUGAACAGGGAAACUGAUCGUGAAUUAAAGGCAUACUGCCUAGCAUUUGAUGAUGAACUUGGUCCACCUCCUGUUGCUGAUGUUAGAUCGUUGACUCAUUAUGGUGAACCUUAUGAUGGGAACACACGUUACUUCAGGAGCACAUUGUUUGUUGCUGCAGUUAGAUCCUGUUAUGGUGAAGCUUGCUUACUUCAUGGAGUUGAAUGGAUGCCACCAAAGGGGGGCAUAACAGAAGAACAAAUGCUGAAUUUUAUGGGUGCAAAUACGAGCUUAUCCCCAUUGCAGGCGAAAUAUCUUCUUGAGGAUGAGGAGGUUGGUUUUGCUUACGUAAGUCAACGUGAAGCUCGCCCAUCUCUAUAUUCAUUGACUGGCUUGAGGGAGCAUAUAAAAAAGCGUCCCCCUAUGGCAACAACUGAAAAGAUUCAGCAAUUCGUUAAGGCUCAAGGGAAGGAAGCAAUCAUUGCUGGGUUUUAUCAUGAUGGUUAUGAGGAGCCACUGUUGAUGCUUAUGAAGAGAAGAGGUGUUCAUUCUGGCUUGGUGGUGAAGGGGGAGGAAGGUGCCCUCUCAAUGACAACGAGAUUGCGGUCAGCACACAUUACUAAAGGUUUCCCAGUGAACUACUGUUCAGGUUUCCGGUCACUGAGCAUGGUGUCUGCUUGUGAAGUUGAUGGGGUGUCACGUGAGAGUUUCAAUGUUGAGGUUAAUGCCAAGGACUAUGGUUUCGAGCCUACCGAUAGUCCAAGAACCGAUAGAUCGGUCUCAAAGAAUAUUGAGUUGGGUUUAGCAGCUCUUCGUGGUGAAAAGGGACCCACAUAUGAUCGUAUUGUCUUAAAUGCUGGAAUGGUGGAUCACUUGCUGGGAUGUGAUGGCGCAGAGGACAUAUCUGUGGCGCUGGAUAGAGCCAGAGAGGCCAUUGACAGUGGCAAGGCUUUAAAAAGGCUCUUAAAUUACAUAAAGAUCUCUCUAAAAGUGAGGUAAACUAUGCACAACUAGUGCUUGCUUUCUUUGAAAUAUGUUUUACCGUAGAAUUAGCUCUGUAAUUUUGUCUUUUACAUGUCAGUCGACAAUGUGAUAAACAAUGAAAGGGAAAGGUGAAUAAUAGGUCUUUGUUAUUUGUCUCU